AUGAAAGAAAAAAAUGAGAAAAUAAUGGAUUACUUAUCAUGCCCACUUGAUGAUGUAGUCGAUCGAGAAAAAAAAAGUGGGAAAAAUAGCUUGUUAAAAUCAAGUAGUACAAAGAAAGGUGAUUAUAAAAAAAGUAGUAUAUUUUCUAAAAAAAGAGAUUCGCAUAAAAAAGGAUCAAGUUUUAGAGGAAGAAGAUCUGGAUUUAUCAGUAGAAAAUCAGGAAGUUUUAAAAAGCCAUAUUAUAAUAAUAGAUUAAUAAACAAAACUUAUAAUAACUAUAAAGGUAGAAAUGUUCAUAAUGGAAGAGAAUAUUUUAAAGGUAGAAGUGGAAGUUUUGGUUCACGUGUCUUUGAUAAUCGUAAAGGAUCAUUUAAAAAAAGAUUUACAAGUAAUAGAAAUAAAGCAUCUGUAAAAUCAUUUAGAGGAAAUGGUUCUAAUAAUAAAGGUAGAAAAUCAUUUAACAAAGCACCUACAUCAAGAACAGUUGUAACUAAAAGAUUAAAUAAUUAUAAAACUGCUCCAGCUCCAAUGAAAAAAUUUAAUAAUUUAAAUAUUUCCUUGUUUCGUAAAAAUAGAACAUUCGCAUUGAAUACCAAGAGAUCUAAACCUGUAGGAACCAUUAAAAGUAAUUUACCUAGAAAAAGAAUUAAAAAAGGUUUAAAAAAAGGUAUCUUGAAAUCAAAAAUUAGAAAAAGUACAUCUGGAUCAAAAUUUAAACCUUUAAAUAAAUAUUUUUUGUCUAAAAUAAAAAUUGUUACUUCAUUAAAUAAAAUACCAUCACCCCUAAAGGAACAAAAAAAUACUGAAGUUAAUCUUCCAGAGUCAUUAAAUAAUACAACAGCAAAGAAAAAUUAA